ACAACCUCGGCUGCUUCCCGCCCGCGCGCUUGAGGUUUUCAAUCUGGUCCGAUGGUCUUGUAUAUGAAGGCCUGAGCUGGGCGCACCCGGACCAAGGCUUGUGUUUCCAGGUCUCCGUAACGAUGUCUGGGAGAGGCAAGGGUGGUAAAGGCUUAGGCAAGGGUGGUGCCAAGCGUCACCGCAAAGUCUUAAGAGACAACAUCCAGGGCAUCACGAAGCCCGCCAUCCGCCGUCUCGCUCGGCGCGGGGGUGUCAAGCGGAUCUCGGGCCUCAUCUACGAGGAGACGCGGGGGGUGCUGAAGGUGUUCCUGGAGAACGUGAUCCGGGACGCUGUCACCUACACAGAGCACGCCAAGCGCAAGACGGUCACCGCCAUGGACGUGGUGUACGCCCUGAAGCGACAGGGCCGCACCCUGUAUGGCUUCGGAGGUUAGAGCUCUGCUGCGGCCUCACGUACACCAAUCCUAAAGGCCCUUUUUAGGGCCACCCAUAGAGUCCUAGGAAGAGCUGGACAUUCGUUCGGGCAGUUUGGAUAGCUGCCUUUGCCACUUGGGGUUAAAGGGGUGUGUGUGGGGGGGGGGGGGGGCAGAGGGGAAUAGGAGUACUGCCUGAAGCACUAUCCGCAUUUUACUAAGACCUUAAAGUUUGGUUCUUCCUUUUCCUCAAUUUCAAAUAUUGUUCUCCAGGCUAAAUCACUUGUUUGCGUGUUAUUUAGUCACUGGGUCCAGCUGUGGAAAGUGGAA